GCAAUUUGCAAUCUUGAGCUUUAAGUUUGGGAGGUGGGUAGGACUACAUGCAUAGGCGCUAGCAAGGCUUUGCAAGGUCAUAUAAAAAUAGCUUCUCUUAGAGGUAAUAUCCUUGCCUUGACGCCAAAGGUUGCUGCUUGCUUUCUCCCUUCAACGUUGCCCCUCAAGGAAGCGGCGCGCGAAGUCUGUGCCAAUAAGGAACGGAAGAUGGAGAGCUUCACAUCUUACUUUGAGGGCCGCAACGCCAACGUCAGCUUCGACGCCCUGAAGAACUUCAACGCGCUGUCGAGCGGGGUCCAGAAGCACCUGCAGCGGGUGUACAUAACCCUAACUGCUGCAGUCCUGGUUGCGGCAGUUGGAGUCUAUGCGCACACUCUCCUGAACCUGGGUGGCACCCUAACCCAUCUGGGUUUCAUUGGCCUGACCAUAUGGCUGACCAUGACACCAGCAACCCCGGCUCAGGAAGGGAAGAGGAUGAGCCUUUUGAUGGGGGCAGCGUUUCUGCAGGGGUGUUCCUUGGGAACCCUGGUUCAAGUCAUCCUAGCAAUUGAUCCUAGCAUCGUACUCAUGGCAUUCCUGGGCACGACGGCCGUCUUUGCAUGUUUCAGCGGAGCCGCGCUUCUGGCGCAGAGGAGGAGCUACCUGUAUCUGGGAGGAGUCCUGUCUUCGGCGGUCAGUGUCAUGAUGAUGCUGCACCUGGGGUCGUGGCUCUUUGGCAGGAGCGCUGCGAUGUUCCAGCUCGAGCUGUACGCUGGCCUGCUCGUCUUCUGCGCGUACGUCAUCUACGACACGCAGGUCAUUGUGGAGCGUGCGGUGCGCGGGGAGAAGGAUCACAUCAAGCAUGCGCUUGAUCUGUUUGUCGACUUUGUGGCCAUCUUCGUGCGGCUCAUGGUCAUCCUGGCGCAGAACGAGCAGAAGAAGGAGCGGCGCGAGCGCGAGAAGCGCAAUAAGUCGAACACAGUCCGGAGGUAGACGUUUAGGAGGGCUGAGUGUCGUCACGAUCUGCCAUUUGGACACCUCUGAAAGGGGGGGCGAGGGAAGGUCGUGACCGUUUGUUGGCAUAAGUCCGAGUGUUCCUUGUUCGUGAACUCUUGGUUUCAUGGCCGUCUUCAAAGGGGAGAGUAGGAGUCCCGAGAGACUUAUGCGUGUAGCUUGCUUUGGUGUCCUUUUCAGAGUAGUUGAUUCGUCUGUACAAAGCUGUACCCGCUUUUUGGUGGAGAAGAACCUUGCGGUGACAUGCCCAGCACGAUACUGGCUGCUCACCUUGUUUGUACAACUCGAAAUCUGGAAAUCUGCAUGACCUACAUGAGUCGCAAC